AAUAGAGACACUUUGAGGUGCAGGAAUUGGCAGCGAAGAGCCGUGAGUCCAAACACUGCUCGUUACUUUCACUACGACUCCUCCGAACAAAGGAGGAUCAAUCAGUCAGCCACCUGUGAAUGAAGACAAGAUUAAACUAUGUCUUCAGUGGUUGAUCUCAAGACCAAGGAGGAGAAGGAUGCGGAGUUGGAUAAACGAAUCGAAGCUUUGAGGAAGAAGAAUGAAGCUCUGGUCAGGAGAUACCAGGAAAUUGAGGAAGACAAGAAGAAAGCAGAGCAGGAGGGCAUUGCUGUGACGACACCACGGAAACCCCGUCCCCAUGAACCAGAGACAGACCGAAGGAAGACGGAGAAGGAAAACAUAACUGUCACAGUUGACCUGUCUAAACCAGUAGGGGAGAAGAGAGUUGUGAAUGACUGGACACCUUCAACUCCUCGUGGUCGGAAGAUGUCAGAGGAAAGCGAUGGCCAAAAAGGGCAAAAUGAUGGUCAUAGCCCACCCAGAAGGAUGGGGUCUGGACGAGUAGGUCGUGGAGGACAGAGAGGAGGACGUCAAGAAAGGAGAGAGCAUGAACCAAGGGCACCCAGAGAAAGAGAAGCUGGGGAGUCUGGAGGACAGAGGCGCAGAGGAGGAUGGAGAGGAAGAGGAGGAGAGGGGGGAGGAGAGGAGGAGAGGGGGGAGGAGGAUGGGAGAGGAAGAGAGGGCGGAGGAAGAGGAGGAGAGGGGGGAGGAAGAGGAGGAGAGGGGGGAGGCGGAGGGCCAGGGACACCAGGCGGCAUGGACAGGAAAUCAAAGGAAUGGGAAGAGAAGAGACGACAGAACAUUGAAAAGAUGAAUGAAGAAAUGGAGAGAAUAGCAGAGUAUGAGAGAGGACAGCGGGUGGAUGGUGAUAAGCCAAUUCGUAACUUCCUGGAUGACCCAAGACGCUCAGGCCCAGCCCCAGACAUAGACCGGAAAGAGGGCAGCAGAAGACAUGUACGAAACUGGGGGGGGCUUGAUUUUGACAAUGUAAAGACGGGAGCGGAACUAGAGAAAGAGUGGACUAGUCGAAGACCUGGUCCCAAAGGCUCUGUGGACAUGACCAUGUCUAUGACUGGCAGGGAGAGAGCAGAGUACCUGCGCUGGAAGAAAGAGCGUGAGCAAAUUGACGAGGAGAGACUAGCACGUCAUCGUAACGCCACAGGCCAAUGGAGAAGAGAGUGGGAUGCACAGAAGACUGAGAACAUGUUCAAAGAGGACACGAAUGUGGCUGCAGAGGGCAUCGCAUCUGAGCAGGGCAGCAGAAGAGAUGACAGUAAGCGGCCACCCAAGACUCCGACAUUUGGCGACUUCCUGUCCCAGGGCAGGACCCAGGGGCCCAGAGGGGACCGGGGCAGAGGGAGGGGUCGAGGACAGAAACCGAGCUACAGCAUGCAUGAUAACCGCUGGGAAGGAGACAAAGAAGAGGAGAAGGAAAAGGAGGAUAACUCAAAAAAAGAAGAUAAGACAAAAAUGGACAACAUGGAAGUAAAACCCAAACCUUCAACACAGAAGGUGGUGGAGAGCAAUGAAGAUGUAGAGGAUGAUGAUGAUUGGGAGGAUGCCAGUGAUGAUGAAGGGGAAGGGAGCGACUCUGAAGAUAGUUCAAGGGGUGAUGAGAAGAAAGACACUGGGAAAGAAAAAACAGCUAAGAGCAAAGACAAGACCCCGAUGUCUCCAACACCUCGUUCUCGACCAACAUCAGCAGGAAGCCCAAAAGACCAGCGGACUCCCAGGCCAAAGAUUUACAUCCCUCCUCCGGCUAUAGCUCAGGAGUCACCAGAGGGUGUAAAACCCCUCAGCCCCUUCUCCUUGCUGGACAGCCACCAGCCUGUGUCUGACUGGGGGGAGGAGAUGGAGAUGCAGUCACCACGAAGCAGCAUGGGGGGUGAAAGCCCCCUGAAACCCUCAAGCACUGAGUCCAGUCCUCCGCAGAAGAAAGCCCAGGAGGAGGAGGUGGUUGAGGAGCCUGCUGAACCACAGCCAGAAGACAAUAAAGAAGUUUCCUCUCUGCCAGAACAGGCAGAAUUCCAGCAGACGGUGAUAGUGUCAGAACCUGAGUCUGUCCCCACAGACUCUGCUGCUGCAGCACCAUCUGAUGCUGUCCCUUCUGAGUUGUCUGCGCCAGCCUGCAGUGAGAUCAGUGAGGCUGCUGUGUCAUUGGACCAGGAUGCACCUGCUGCUCCAACACAAAUAGACCCGCUGGACACUGCUCCCCCUCCUGCCAACCUGGAAGCUGAGCAGGGAUUUUCUGAUCCAGCAGGAGGGAAAGCUGACGACAUGGUGUCCACUGGGACCAACGAUGCCCAGACAGCAGAGACAGCAGAGACAGCAGAGACAGCAGAGUCCACAGAGCAGGUGUCCUCAGGCUGAUACUGCUGGAAUCAAACAUUCACUUCUGAGGAGGAUGGAUGAAAGGAAAUGAAGACAUCUGACUAGCAUCACAUCACUGGAGUGGCUGUCGAGCCACCCCCCCCC